AUGAGCGACAGUCAGUCAAAAUCGAAAUCAAACGGUUAUAAAACGAAAUCUCCGCUGGAGAAUGAUACUCCUCAGAAGUCGAACACAGCAGUUCCGUCUAUGGAACCUGAUGGAACGAUUGAAAGUAACUGGAGUGAGCUGGUCGAACAAUUCGAUCAGAUGAACUUACGUGAACCGCUAUUACGUGGUAUCUAUGGUUAUGGUUUUGAAAGACCUUCAGCUAUUCAACAGCGUGCCAUUAAGCCAUGUAUUUUAGGUCACGAUGUGAUUGCUCAAGCACAAUCGGGUACAGGCAAAACAGCUACUUUCGCUAUUUCAAUUUUACAACAACUUGAUACCGAAUAUAAAGACUGUCAAGCAUUAAUUUUAGCACCUACACGAGAGCUGGCUCAACAAACCCAGAAGGUAGUACUAGCCCUUGGCGAUUAUAUGGGAGUCUCAUGUCAUGCUUGUAUUGGAGGUACCAAUGUUCGCGAUGAUAUAAAACGACUUGAAGCAGGUGUUCAAAUUGUCGUUGGUACACCCGGUCGUGUCUACGAUAUGCUUAAUAGAUCAGCUCUUCAUAGUAAAAAUAUCAAAAUGUUUGUGUUAGAUGAAGCUGAUGAAAUGUUAUCACGUGGUUUUAAAGAACAAAUCUAUGAUUUAUUCACGACCAUGCCACAAAAUGUUCAGGUUAUUCUACUAUCGGCUACAAUGCCCAAUGAUGUACUCGAAGUAACAACUAAAUUUAUGAGUGAUCCAAUCAGAAUCCUUGUGAAAAAAGAAGAACUUACACUUGAAGGCAUUCUUCAAUUUUACGUUACUGUGGAACGUGAAGAAUGGAAAUUAGAUACGCUUUGUGAUUUGUAUGAAACAUUAACAAUAGCACAAGCUGUCAUCUUUUCUAAUACACGUCGAAAAGUUGAUUGGUUAACAGAAAAAAUGCGUGCACGCGAUUUCACUGUAUCUGCCAUGCAUGGUGAUAUGGAUCAAAAAGAACGUGACAUAAUCAUGAAAGAAUUUCGAACUGGUUCAAGCAGAGUAUUAAUUACAACUGAUUUACUUGCCCGCGGUAUUGAUGUACAACAAGUCAGUCUUGUUAUCAAUUAUGACUUACCAAAUAAUCGUGAGAAUUAUAUCCAUCGUAUUGGUCGUGGUGGUCGAUUCGGUCGUAAAGGUGUAGCAAUCAAUUUUGUUACUGAGGAAGAUCGACGAACAUUACGUGAUAUUGAACAAUUCUACAAUACACAAAUACAAGAAAUGCCAAUGAAUAUUGCCGAUUUAAUUUAA